CUAAAGAAUAAAGCAUGGGGGUAGUAAAUUCAGCUAAAAUAAAUGCGCAAUUUCAAUAUAAACAUUUAAGUUUGCAGCUUUUAUUUGUUAAACUAAGUAACCAGCUUGAUUAAUCUAAAUAAACCAACUUGAAAAAUAAGAAAAUAUCCAGACUCAUUUUCCUGUGUAAUUUGAAUGCAUUAAAGCGCAUCAGCUCAAUUUGCCUCAAAUUUUAAGUUGGGUCAGCUCAAAAAAUUUUUUUGAAACUUUUUUUGAAACGGGUGUGGCUACUCAAGCAGCAGACGAUACUCAACGUGCACCCGGUUGGGAAAGUCGACGCACUCGUGUCUGCUUGUUUGUACAGAGCUACUAUCUGCGUUGGAAUUUCAUUUUUUGCACUUUGGAACAGCUGACAAGUCAUCUUUGGGGAUCUUAAUCAUUGCUGGAGGACCAUUAAUCUACAACGUGGCUGCCCAUGCCACUUUGUGAUAGCAAAAGAUGGCAGAUUUCACAGCAAACAAGCAAUCCCAAGAAAGUAUUUCCCCUGCUGAAAGAAUACUGCAUGCAAUAAAUGAGGAAAUGGAUUUUACUGAUUCUGAUGUUCCAGAUGCUCAAACAUCUCAUCUGAGAAAACCUGCUAUACUUCGUGUUAUUGUUCAAGACCAUAUAAUUGACAAGCUUGAACUGCCUUAUGGAGUACCAGACACAGUGGAUGAGCUACAGUCUAUUGUACAACAGAAAUAUAGAUUGGAAGCAGGGAAGUUUAUCUUACAUUACAAGGAUGUUGAUUUUGGAGGAGAAUUUUUUUCUCUUGCAUCAACCAAAGAUCUUAAAGAUAAAGACACAAUUAAGGUUGUCCAUAUUGUUGAUCUCUCCUCAAUCCAAUUUGUUGUAACUGACCUCGAUAGAUCUGACGCGGGUGCAGCCAGCAUCUCAGACAGAGGUUCAUCCAGCAGCUCUGCUACGGCUGCCAGUACUGCUUCAUCUGAAUCAGGUGAUACAAUUAUCUUGUUAUCACCUGAUCAUGGAAAUUUGCGCUUAAAAUCUUGGCCCUCCAAAUUUCCAAUACCACGUUUCCGCAAUGAGACAGAGCUUGUCCUAGCAGCUGGUAAUGAAGCUUUCAAUAAAGAUGGAUGCCCACUCAGCUCCACUGCCAUUCUACCAGACAUCCUUGAGAGUUUAGCCGAAAGCAUCUUUGAGUAUGUUGCCUAUCCUACAAGUGCACAAUUUGCUGAUGUAGCAGAAGCACUGAUCCAAAAACACCCUUGCCUGAAAGAACCAGGGUCCUACAAUGGAUGUUACGGAUGGCAACAAAGACUGAAAUUUAAAAUGGGCAAUUAUAGAUCAAAACUUAGGGGUCUUGGGUGCCCUGAGCUAGAGGUUAACUCUCUCCAAAAAAAGCGAGCCAAUGAGAAGAUGCCAGCAAAAAACAUGAAGAAAGCUCGAAAGGGUGAGGCGAACUACCUGCCACCUCAUCCACUAGGAGAAACCAAAGAAAACCUUGAGCAACAAAGACUGGAACUUCUAGGUGAAGUAAAGAAGAGAGACAAUUCCCAGAUCAUCAGUGAGAAAAUGGACAGGACCUUUUCCUCUCGGAGACAAGAAAUUGUCACCUUGGCUCCAUCUGUCAGGGACUUGAAGGAACGAUGGCCUGCUCUAUUUCUUCCUGAGCAGAUCAAGGAAGAAUAUAAAAGAAUAACCACUGCCAAUCUGGAGUCAACAUUUAUGGCAAAUCUGGACCAUUGUAUACCAAAGUUGAUGCCAUUGGUGAUGUCAAGAGGAGGGGCUGCCAAACAUAAGAUCCAGAAAAUCAUGGAACUUCUGAAGAUCAACACAGUUGAAAUUCGCCGAGAGGUUGCCAUUCGCUGCUUAGUGGUCUACCUUGGGGAAAAUGAGGACAGUCUUUUUGAAUAUGUGGAUUCUGAGAGCCAAAUUGGAGAUUUUGAGAGUCGGGUGGUGAAGAUUCUAGUCACCAAAGGUACUACAGCAUCUGAUCCAGCCAGCACAACCAUCAUCAUAGAGGGCACAGAGGUCCUGCAAGGAUUGGAUGUGCCAAGGGCCUGUGCUUUGCUGAUGGGCCUCAUUUAUGCCCUCAAUCUAAGCUACCCACGGGAGCUGAAGUACACUUGCGAGGUAUUUCAGAAGGUGUUCCUUAAAUUAGACAGUCAGAAAUGCAGCCCAAAAGUCACAUCUCUAAAGCAAAAGCUGCUAGGAAACCCCUUUGAGCCUCAUAGCUGAACAUAAACAAUGGGAACCUCAUUUGUGCUGUGAUGGACUUGCUGUUCAAGUGGCUUUUCCUAAUUUAUGCAGUGUAAUGUCUUUCAACCCACAUCUGGUUGCUGUUCAUGUUAUUCAGGUCUUUGAUGUUGAUAGUCAUGUUUGAGAGCUAGAAUAUUGGUGAGUGUAUUGUUUUCAGCUGACCCAGAAUGUUAAAUGUUUUUUGGCGGUGAUAUAUUUGCCUUUAUGGUUAUCCAUACAAAUAGUUCAUUCAUUUUGCCACAUUCAUUUUGCCAAUAAUGCAGAAAUGUCCUACCUCAGUAAGAGUCACAGUCGUUUAAAGUCACUGACUCAACUUGGUUAGAGCUGUUUAACUAGUUUAACACUACACUGUAAACACAUACUACACACAUUACAUACUGUGACAAACUACACGACAAUAACACACUAUAAAGACAUUACACACACAGUAAAGAACUACACUAUAACACAUAAAAACAAAAUAUUGACCAAAAUUGCAACAGAAAGAUCAUUAAAGAUGGAAAUGAAAGUUAAACAGCUAUGAAAUAAGAGAAUUAUAAAUGGCAAGUUUUCAAUGGUGCUGUUAUUAAAAUAUUUGCACUUAAUUUGUACAAAAUGUUCAUAAAAUAAACAGUUUUUA